AUGCCGCGCAGAAAAGCCGCCGACCGUACGGGACCGGUGAAAACCCGGUCUCGUAGCGGCUGUCAAGAAUGCCGGACUAGUCGAGUGAGAUGUGAUACCAAGAAGCCUGCUUGUACACGAUGCUGGGAGAAGAGGCUCCCAUGCACGACGGGUCUCGUCCUUAAAUGGGAGUCCGAGUUUGCCAGUCGUGGUGUGGCGUUUGGCCGCGCAGGAGUAUGGAACAAAGCCAGAUCAGAUGGAAGUCAAUCUGGAGCCUCACUUCCUUCUACCCCGGGGCUAUCCUCAGAUGAGAUGAGUCAGUGGUGUCUACUACCGAAAAUUCAGCCAUGGGCAUUCCUCAACAGUGGAAGAGGGACAUAUGAGCAUCCCAACGAUGUGGAUGUGGUCUUGAAUGAUUCAAAUAGGCUUUCACUGGCUCUUCGCAAUGGUCCAAGCGAUCUUUUUGUUGCUUCACUUCCUGAGACUAGCAUUAGACCGGCUCUAUCAUUGUUCCCGCAAGCAUCACUGGUUGGACACGGGGAACUUCUGGACUAUUACCUCCGACAGGUUUGUCCUCGUACCAGCGCCAGCUCGACCAUGUCUUCGCCGUUUGCCUCUGUUAUUUUGCCGUUCAGUGUUUCUGGCUCGCCUACACUUUUCAAAGCUAUUCAAGCGCUGGGCGCUAGUCAUUGGUCUCGAGUUGAUCCCUCAUACGCUGUGCUUGGCCUUCGUUUAAAGUCUGAAACAUUGAGGGAUCUCCGAUGUCGUUUAUCAAGGGAAGGGCCACUUGCCUGUAGUGCCGAUCCCGAAGUUUUGGUGAUAAUGAUGAUGCUAUGUCUUUAUGAGAUCGCAGACAAAUGUGACCAACAGUGGGUCAUCCACCUUAAGGGCGCCAAAGACUUGAUUCGAUUGAGGAGACAGCGCACAAUUGAAUUCCCGGAGGAAUCAAGUGCCCUCGAACCCGCUUCCGACUUUGCUGAGCAUUUCUUUGCCUUCCAAGAUGUUAUAGGGCGGACCGCCUGUGCGAAGGAAAGUUUAUUUGGGAGUGACUAUUGGAAGGCGGAGGAUCGCAAUAUCGAUACUUGGAUGGGCUGUAGCCCUGAAUUGGUCUCGAUUCUUUUGAAAAUUACUGAUAUGAGUGGCGCUCGGCGACAGCUUAAUUCGGACUCUGCCCGGGACUCUUUUCAUGCUCGAGCGAAGUCCAUUGAGUAUCAACUCGAACAUCUAAUUCAAGAGGUUGGCGAUGGGAGCGAGAGCGAUGACACCCUCGCAUCCGCUGCAGAGGCCAAGCGACUAGCGACAUUGCUUUAUCUACACUGCGGCCUUUAUGGGGCUGGUCCUACUACACCGUUGGUUGUGGACUACGUGCAUCAGAUCCUACGAUUGGUGUCUGGUCAGUUGGAUCGAGGAAUUCCGGCUGGUGUGACAUGGCCUCUUUUUGUGGCGGCCGUUGAACUCGACCCGUCGCAUGAUGAGCUAUGGUCUACUGCUGAUGGGCCUGUCUUCGGUCGCUCAAUGAUUCUCCGCGCAUUGGCAUCUAUGGCGGGGUCAACGAUAUCAAAUAUUGCCCGCACAAGGGCUGUGAUUGUACAGGUUUGGCAGGCUCGCGAUCAAGAUCUGCUCAAGACACCACAAUUGAAUGGGCUGAACGACUGGGAGUGGUAUGUCGUGCCAGUAAGUGAUGCAAUGAGCUUGGCAUAA